CGGGCACGUAAACAAGCAACGGGAAGCAGCACCCUGAAACCGUCCCGUCCUGAGCAGAAAUCGAAAUUCAUAUGCAUUUCAUCAAGGCUACGUUUUUCCAGUCUUCAGCUGUCCAGUUUUGGUGGUAUGGCGAGGUGACGUGUCAUCAGAGUGCAACCAAUAGCAGGGCAGUGUGCUGUGUGGAGCCAGUAGGAACACAGGAGCGAGAUGACGGAGUGCUUCCUGCCUCCCAGUAGCAGCCCUGCGGAGCAGCGGCGGGCGGAGCACCCUGGAGGCGUGCCUCGCACUCCCAGCUCAGAGGAGAUCAGCCCCACUAAAUUCCCGGGCCUAUACCGCACGGGUGAACCCUCACCCCCCCACGACGGACACCACCAUGAGCCCCCCGAUGCAGCCUCAGACGACGACAAGGAGCACAGCAAGAAGAAGAACAAGUUCAAGAAGAAGGAGAAACGCACUGAGGGCUACGCUGCCUUCCAGGAGGACAGUUCGGCCGAUGAGGCGGAGAGCCCGUCCAAGAUGAAGCGCUCCAAAGGUAUUCAUGUCUUCAAGAAGCCCAGCUUCUCCAAGAAAAAAGAAAAGGACUUCAAAGUGAAGGAGAAAGUGCCCAAAGAGGAGAAAGCCAAGGACAAGAAGUCCAAGGACCUCACUGCGGCUGAUGUGGUCAAACAGUGGAAGGAGAAAAAGAAGAAGAAGAAGCCCAGCACCACUGAACAGGAGCCUGUCGCUGUGGAGACACCGGCCACAAUCAGGCCAAUAUUUGGGGCGCCGUUGGCCGAAGCGGUCAGGAGGACGGCUCUGUAUGAUGGGAUCCAACUGCCAGCUAUUUUCCGCGAGUGCUUGGACUACAUUGAGAGCUAUGGCAUGAAAUGUGAAGGAAUCUACCGUGUUUCCGGAAUGAAGUCUAAGGUGGAUGAGCUGAAGGCAGCGUAUGACCGUGAGGAGUGUCCAUGCCUGGAGGAGUAUGAUCCACACACGGUGGCCAGUCUGCUGAAGCAAUACCUGCGUGAACUUCCUGACAACCUGCUGGGCCGUGAGCUGGCCCCGCGUUUUGAGGAGGCGUGUGGGCGGCCCAGCGAAGCCGAGAAGCUGCAGGAGUUCCAGCGGCUGCUGACAGAGGUGCCGGCUGGCAGCAGGCUGCUUUUGGCCUGGCUCAUCACCCACAUGGACCAUGUGAUCGCCCGCGAGGCUGACACCAAGAUGAACAUCCAGAACAUCUCCAUUGUCCUCAAUCCCACCGUGCAGAUUGGGAACCGGGUCCUCUAUGUGUUCUUCACCCACGUUCGGGAGCUGUUUGGCGACGUGGUUCUGAAGCCAGUGGUGCGGCCCCUGCGCUGGUCCAACAUGGCCACUAUGCCGGCCUUGCCUGAGACCCAGGAGAGCAUUAAAGAAGAGAUACGGCGACAGGAAUUCCUGCUGAACUGCCUCCACAGAGACUUGCAGGCCGGUAUAAAGGACCUGUCUAAAGAGGAACGGUUGUGGGAGGUGCAGCGUAUCCUCACCGCUCUCAAACGCAAACUCCGUGAGGCCAAGAGACAGGAGUGUGAGAGUAAGAUAGCACAAGAGAUCGCCAGCCUGUCUAAAGAGGAUGUGUCCAAAGAGGAGAUGUCUGAGAAUGAAGAAGAGGUGCUUAACAUCCUCCUGGCUCAGGAAAACGAGAUAUUGACAGAGCAAGAGGAGCUGAUCUCCCUUGAGCAGGUCUUGCGCAGGCAAAUUGCCACAGAGAAGGAAGAGAUUGAACGGCUGCGUGCUGAGAUUGCUGACAUACAGAGCCGGCAGCAGGGCCGGAGUGAGACGGAGGAGUACUCGUCCGACAGUGAGAGCGAGAGUGAAGAUGAGGAGGAGCUGCAGAUGAUCCUGGAGGAUUUACAGAAACAGAACGAAGAGCUGGAGAACAAGAACACCCACCUGAACCAGGCCAUCCACGAGGAGCAGGAAGCCAUCCUGGAACUCCGCGUUCAGCUCCGCCUACUUCAGAGCCAAAAGCUGCAGCAGGAGCUCACAGCCCCUCCCACAGCAGAACAGGCCCUGCCCAUGCAGCCCAGCCCAGAGGAGCGAUCCAGGGUUGAUGAGCCAAUCAAACGCAACGCUUCUGUGGCCAUAGCAGUGCCAGGAGAUGCCACAGUUGCUGCUUCUGCAGCGCCAGCCAAUGGAAAGCCUGGAAAGGACAAUUUAAAACCUUCACCUAGCAAAACAUACGCGGUCAGUCAAAAUCCACCACUCUAGAUCAAACGCCCCAGUGGUUUUACACACUGGUGUGACAUUAGGGGUGACGUUCAGCCCCUAGCAUCACUCACAGGCCUCAGAUAAGGUUCGCUGAAGGUGAACUGAAUGUUGUUUCCACACUGGGACCACAGUUAGGUGGGUAAGAUUGGGGAGUUGGCUUAAAGAUAAAUUUAAGAAGGCAAAGUAAUUAAGUGAGGGGUCAAUCAGCAGCUGGUGAGUAGGGGUGCCUUUUUUUUGUUUUUGUUUUUGGGACUGGGGUCAUCAUGCCCUGAAUAAUUUUAUUCAUUCUAUAUUUUUAAUUUAAUCCAAUAUAAGAAGUUUAGCCAAAAAGAAAGUUGCUUUACCAACAGAUUUCACCCUUGCCCUAAAACUCUCCCUUAGUUUCGUGUCUCAAGACAACCAGGGAAAUCAUUUCCACCUGUCUUCAAAUAAUUUUGAAUUAAUUUAAAAUAGCAGGUUAUUUUUAAGAAAAAAGAUAUUGUUUGAAUGGGAUGAGAAAUAUAUUGGUCUAUUAAUUUGUUUUUUUUUCUCUUGGGAUCCAAAAUGUCAUCCUAGCUCUUUCUAGUGAACUGAAGGGGUGUGUGUGUGUGUGUGUGUGUGUGUGUGUGUGUGUGUGAGAUGAAACAUUGUGCCAUAUGUGAGUGUAACCAUAAGCAUAAGUUUUUCAAUGAAGAAACUGUUAAGACAAAGAAGUUAAGAUGCACCUAUAUUAUAUAUUUACUGAAAUAAAUUACAGAGGAUUGUUUGUAUUAAGUAUGCCAUUUAUUUGGUCAUAUACAGGACUGUGUAAAAGUCAGAAACCACCGUCAUUUAUUUAAUUUCCAGUCAAAAUGGCCAUUAAGUACAGGUGCUUCAUUUUUCAAGAGAUACUUCUGAAAAGAUUAGCUAUAAGAUAAUCUACUUGCAAAAGGAAAGAGAAAGUUGAAGUGAAAAAAGAGGAAGUCAUAAAUUGAUCAAAAGAUUAAACCGCCAACCAUGCAAGAGCUGGUAGACCACCAAAACCGUCACCAUCAGAUAAACAGCACUUAAAGCUUUCAUCUUGGAGAGAGAGGAGAAAAUCAAGCUCCACUCUUGCUUCAGAUCUGAAAAAAAUCCACUGUGCAAAGACAACUCAGCACUAUGAAUCUGAAAGGAUGUGUAGCUGUCAAGAAGCCCUUACUGAGAAAUGGAAAUUUUGCAAGUCUCCCAAAUGCAGAAGCAUAUAAUGUUGUUCAUGUUCAGUUAAUAAACAGUUGACAUCAUGUUCUAGAACUGGUAACACUUUUUUUGGAGGGUUUUCAUAUGUAGCUUUGUUUAAGUUUAGUAUUUCAGCUAUAACAACUACACUAGCUAUAUUUUGAAGCACAAACGGAGUAUUUUUGAUGGAUGAUGGAAAGCUUUAUGUUGCUAAAUGGUGAAAAAUGGUGUGAAGUUGUGCCACUGUGUGUUUAUAAAGUCUUACGAAAUGCAUAGUAAUGUUUUUUGUUUUUAAAAUGAGUAUACAACUCCAAAUUGUUACCAAUACUACAUGUACCACAUGACAUUAUCUAAUUAAUAUGCAGGAUGACUACAGCCCUGUUAUGUCAUAUUAAUUGUUUAAUUAUGAAGUUUUUUUUUCCUUAAAUAAAUAUUACUUAUUGUAUUGCUUUAUUAUAGAUUGCUUUGGAAGAAAAAUCACCCAAAAACAUCUUCUACUGGAACACUGAGAAUAUUGUCUUUCUCUCCAAAUGUCACUUCUGCUUAGCCCUGUAUGUCAUGUUUUUUCCUUUUAUCUUUGUGAGCACCCCCCCCCUUUAUUGUUCUGAGGCUGUCAGUCGAGAUACUGUAUAAAUCCACUCAUGAAUACUGCUGACUGUCAACUCCAUUGUGUAGGAAAGUUCUUUUUAAAAGAUCUUUUCUAAUACGACUUAUUGCAAAGACAAAUCUACUCAUUUUACAAUUAUUUUCAUGCUGUUCAUAUGGCUUUUUGUAGCUCUUUGUCAUUGCUAGCAGAAUGUUGCUGUACAAAGUGAUAAAGUGUCUGAAAAUGAACUUUAGUAUGAAUACAGUGAAUAUUGUAUUGAAUACAGUGUAAUGAAUACAGAAUGUAUUGAAUACUGUAAUAAAUACAGUGGGUACUGGUAUCA